UCCUUUUCCUUUGUCUCCACUCAUGGAUCAGUUUGUCAAGAAGCCAAACCAAGUUGCCGCCUGGCAAUCGUUCUUUGCUCGCCCUGAGGUCCGCGACCUGCCAAUCUUCCUGCGCGGCAAGAACGACCUCGCCAUCUACCGUGGCGCGAUGGGUGCCGUUGCCGUCACCGUUUCCGUCGUCCUGAUCGGCCUCACUCAAAUGUCCCUCAACAAGGGCCGAAAGUCCUCGUAACGAGCUGAACACUGCGCUUGUUACUUUGCCGUUUUUUCGCGCGCCGCUCCGCUCGAUUCCUUGGUCUUUGAUGCCUCGCCAAUAGUGCGGUGCUGACGGCCACAGAUGCUUGCUGUGUGGAUGGCGGUUGUUGUUGUUGGAUGUUCAAAGGCGUGCCUUUUUGUUGUUUUCGUGUAAAGUUUUUCUCUUCUUCCUUUCGACCCUCUCUGUUUGCUUUCCGCUUGCUCAAGUUGACACCGAGACAGAUGGAUGAUUUGUCAUUGAAGGUGGAUAUGCCAUAUGACACGCAGAAAAUGAAAAUGAAAAUGAAAGCAACA